CACAAAUAUAGUGAAUAAGCAUGAUCGAAACCCAAUCAAGUGUAGAUUUUAUAUUCGUCGACGAUGGUUAAGAACCUGGCGCUUUGCGUAUUGAUCGCUUGGAUUACUCAGGGUACACCCUUUGAAAUACCAAAUGAGUUAUUGGAAGAUGACGUAAACCAAAGGUGUAUGAAGGAACUAAGCCUUGGUAGUACUCAACUUUCCAGUAUCUUCGACGAACAAUUUCUCGUAAUACGUCCACUCUCUCAAACCGCAACGGAAUUCUACGAAUGUAACCUUCGCAAGUUCCAGUUCCUCAAGGAAGAUGGCGAGUUAAACAAAGAACUCAUUACUGAGAAGCUUGCUAAGAUAAUUCCAAUUCUGGCUAAGACCGCAAUUGACAUAGACAAGGCGCACGAUCUAUCGCAAAAAUUAUAUAACCGGUGUAACACUCCCAAAGGCAGUAACCCUGUGGAGAAGCUUGCCGACUUCCACGAUUGUAUAAUAAUUCAACUGCCGAAGUUGGUACCCCAGGUUUAUUCUAUGGCCUAUGUAAAUUAAAUACCAAACAAAUAUCAAUUAAAACAUGCGAUUUGUUUA